GUUUAUUGUGAUAUGUUAUUGUUUCCCAGAAGAUGCUAUCUUCUCUAUUGGAUGGGCUCCACAAAGACUUGAACAAGCUACAACAAGAAACGUAUAUUGAAGCCAAGUAUUCAGAGGGUCUUCUAAUUAAUGAAGUAGCCGUAGAAGCUUGGAAGAACUACAAGGAUCAAAUUGACUCUUUGAUAGUUGAUGCUUUCCAUGGACAAUCCUCGUCUACAAUGAUCUGCCAAGACUGUGGGAAGACAUCCUUCAAGUUUGAUCCUUUCAAAUCCUUACUCUUGCCUUUGGUUGGCUUUAGAUCGAUAAUGGUUACAGUUUUUGAUGGCAAUGGAAGCAAUCUUCCGAUACCAUAUACUGUAAUCGUUGCGAAAAAUGGUGUAUUUAAUGAUCUUAGUAAAGCAAUAAGUGAUGUUUGUCUCUUGAAUAGUCAAGAGAGACUUGAACUUUCCCAAGUGGAUGAAUACAAGAGCUACUUCGUGAAUCCUUUGGAUUUGCUGAGUACAAUAGAAGACACUGAUUACCUUGUGGGAUAUAGGUUCAACCUUGUGAACAAAGGACGAGAACUAUUCAAACUAGAAGUUUAUCAUGGGGAAGAGGAUACGUUUGAUACAAAUCUGUAUCUUUUUGGAACUCCCCUUGUCACAUACAUAUAGAAAGAAACACUUAGUGGAAUUGAUAUUGAUGCUUGCGUUAAAAUAUUGAUGUCACCUCUACGUCGAGGUCAUGAUGAUAGUGAAUUACCAUCCUUCAGCCUCUUACUGGCAGAUUUCCGAGCUUCUUCUUUCGAGCCACUUGAGUCAUAUUCUCUUGUGACUCCUAGUGCUGUCACAAAAGUUUUCCUCAAGUGGAACCAGAAAGUCGGAGAUUUUGAGGAUAUACAAUCACCAUAUCGCUCAUCCCUUUCCUACAUCAAAUCAUCACGAUCCUCUAGGUCUGAGACCGCAGUAUGUGAAUGGAUUAUUCUUAUACCUUCUGGCGCCAAGAUUCAAAGAUAACUAUGCGUGGAUAAAUGUUAUGCAAAAAAGAAGAAGAAAAUGUGGAACAAAGUGAUGAUGCAAAAUAUUUAAAUCGGUUAAAAUAAUUAUUUGCAUCGAUGUAGUAAUCGAUGUUAAAAUACACCAGUGGUAAAAAAAAUGAUGAUAAUUUUGCAUUAGUUAAAAUGAUGUUAGUAUUUGCAUCAAUUUAUUAGAAUGACAAUAAUUUUUGCAAUGAUUAUAAUAAGUAAUGUUAAGUGUUCUAACUCUUUCCAAGAGAUAUCAUCGAUCUAGUGUUCUCUCAUAAGCCAAUCGAAGUGUUAUUUCC